AUGAGUCUAGCGGGUUUGCUGUCCUUUAGGUGGCUCUCCGAAAGAAGUAGCAAACCAUCGCCUGCGGCUGUGAAGGCCACGACUUUGUUGUCCUCCGUUUCUCGGCCCACCUUUGAUGAGCUGCCUUUGAAAAGCGGUGACCCUAAAGCUUCCGCCUGGGGGCUCUGGGGGGACGACGAUGAACGAGGGACAUUAAAUUUGAUCACGGAUGACGUCGUUCGCGCUGCUAUCGCGGAGUCUAACCAAGGGAAAGUUGUCAACUUGAACCUUCCUCUUAAUGUUCCACGCAAGCCUAUGAACCCAAGGAGGAAGCCUUGCGCACAUACUCUGAUCGCCAAGGGACACGCGAACGAUGAUGAGCUCGACUUCAAUACACAAAGCUCGAGCCACUGGGAUGGGUUGAGGCAUUUUCCGUACUCAGAAACCAAACAAUUCUACAAUGGGGUCGUCCAGGACGACAUCUCAACCAGUCACAAAAUCGGCAUUCAAAGUAAGUGGUCUCCGAAUCGGUAUCCCAUAAGACCUUCUAAUCCACUGAUUGCACUAGACAUCGCCGUGAAACCAAUAGUUACACGUGGGGUCCUUAUUGAUUGGUAUUCCUUUGCUCAGCGGAAGGAUCUCACACAUCGCCCUUUCACAAACCAGGCCAUUCCACUGGAUGAGAUCCUAGAGGUUGCCAGAGAGCAGAGGGUCACUUUUCGUCGAGGGGACGUUCUUAUUAUCCGAACAGGGUGGACCGCGGCAUACUCUAAGAUGACUGAUUCUGAAAAAGACCACCUGGGAGGACGAGAUAAUCGCGCAUCCUGCGGAGUGGAAUCUACGGAGGCUGCAAUCCGAUGGCACUGGGAUCAAGGUUUCGCCGCUGUUGCGAGUGACACAGUAGCAUACGAAGCUUGGCCACCAACAAAGUCGUGGGGUGUUAGUAUGCAUGAGUGCGUGCAGGUUUUCUUGAGUGGAUGGGGAAUGCCAAUAGGCGAAUGUUGGGACUUAGAGGAGCUUAGCGAAACUUGCAAAAUGUUGGACCGAUGGACAUUUUUGCUCACAAGCCAGCCUCUCAAUCUUCCUGGGGGGUUGCGAGUCCCCCCAACGCCACCGCAAUUUUCUAGGCUACGAAUGAUUUUGGUCCAUUGA